AUGGAACACGCCAUUCUCUCUCUUCUCGACAGGUUCAAGAGGGGGGUAACCGGCGCCACGCUGACGAGACCACCGCUAGUGAAUUCGUCCAACGCGCUCGAACAGAGUUCCGAGUGCCCGAAAGACGGCAUCUCCAUGAUCGGUCGCCCAGACCGACUCAACCGAGGGGCUCCGCGGUGGAUGACUUUCACGCGUCUUCCACCCCCCUCCCCCGGCGUCCCCGGACCCCAGCCGCACAGCGGAGCCCCGCUUCCACCCCGUAUUUCAACCCCAGACGAAUACCCCCGGACCCCAGAUCCCAGCAUGGAACUUGCACCAAAUAAACAAAGCAAUGCAAAACAAGACAUCUUUUUAGCCCCGACGAGGCAUUGCUUCGAUUGGACGCCACUCGACGCCACGUCCGGAGGAACUAUAACGUAUCUGGAAGCAACGGGAAGCAAUAAGCAGCAGAAACGGUCGCCGGUAGUCCGACUCGGCCAAAUGAAAGGGUCCAUGGGGCACAUCGUGAAACCACAUGAGCAUUCGAGCGAUAGCGAUAUUUCAGCCCAGGGCUUGCUCAGAAUCGGGCUGAUGGGUAGUGCCACUAUUCUCGAAGAUGAGAGAACAGACGGGACAAACGGGUCGGAUCCCGACGAUUACGGGAGGGCGGCAGUUGCAUUAGUGAAAGGUCUGAUCGCCAAAACACAUGGCAACUCGGACUCGUGCGCAUUCGCUUGCAUUGCGUUGUUCAAGGUCAACCUAGCGAAAAGAGCAUUGCUCAUGCUAGGCGUUGAAGCCAAAGACCGUCAGGAGUACCAAGGAGAGAAGUGGCCAUGGGACGAUGACCUGAUUGUUCCCACCAAGUAUGAAGAACUUCGAAACUAG